AUGAACAAAUCUAAUGAAAUAAAGGCCGUUGAAAGAAGACUAGCCGUCUACAAUCCCGAUACACAAUUAAACACCUAUUUAAGUGCAGUUUCAGAGCUUUCUACCGUUUGCUUUGCUGCUCUGACUGGAAAACUGGAAGACAAACAUGCAUUGAGCUUGGAAAACGUUCAAAAUUGGAGAAAGAAUCUCAAAUUGAAACGUCUCGAUGCUGAGUUGUAUGUGGAGGUGGAAAAGCUGAAGGUUGCCAUGGAGGCUCAGAGCGCUGAUCAAAAUAUCGAUGAAAUUAAACAACAUUUGAAGAAAGAUUUAACAAAGCUAAGUGAGGGAAAUGAAGUUAUGAGGCGGCGAAACAUGAUGCUUCGAACCUUGAACUCGCAUAUUGAUUUAGUUAAUGAACAGAUGGAAGAUAUGCAGCGCGGUAGGUCCAAAUUGAGUGCUCCACACGAUGAGUGGGAAAAGCAGCUAGGUACUGACGAGGUUACUGCCAUGCUAGACGCCAAUGUUCUUAAAAGAGAAUUGGUGAAGGUACGAGAAGGCGAUACGGAGAUCGAGUACGAGGAGCUUUCGCUAUUAGCGAACUUUUCAAAGGACACUACAGAACUCCAGAGAACAAAUAGUUCAAUGAAAGACAGCGCCAAGAGGCUGAGGACGGAAUUACAGGAGUAUCAAGACAAGUGGAGUCACAAUGCAGGGCUGUUCGACAAGAUCUCGGACGUGCUCAAAGAAGAGCUGGCAAAAAGAGAGUUGUCAGUUCAAGAGGCAGCAAUACAAGACACCAUGGACGAAGAGGACGAAGUGGAAGACGAGGAAGAUGAGGAAGCAGUGCGAGGUUAUCACGAAGAGGGCGAAGUAGAAAGUGAUGGAGAGGGGGCCGAAGAGAACGGCAUGUGUGGGGGCCACGACAGCGACGAUGUUGACGAGGUUGACGAAAACGAUGACGACGCCGCGGAUCACGAGAACGAGGUCAAUAUGGAUGAGCACGUGUGA